AUGAUUCUGUCAUCACAUUGGACAUCUGCAGUAUUUGCAAUUGCUUUACCAACAGUUAACUCUGAAAGAUCAAUAAAUGAUGCAAUUUUUACAUCUGAAAGAUUUGUUUGUCCCAACAAGUGUGGUCGAAGUUUUAGUAAAAAGGUAAACCUGAAAUAUCAUUUCAAAAACGAAUGUGGAAUUAAGUUUGUCUGUGGAAUUUGUAACAGACAAUUUAGUCAGAAAACUCAUCUCAAGAGACAUAUAUGCGUAGUUCACAAAUGUGUGUUUGAUGGCGAAGAACGGCAUAUUUGUCCAAAUAAUUGUGGCAAAAGUUAUAAAUACAAAGGCGGAUUACACACACAUUUGAAAGAAGAAUGUGGCAUACUUGUACCCAAAUACAAAUGUGAGAUAUGUUUGAAAAGGUUUAAACAUAAAGGGAAUAUGAAUACUCAUUUUAAAGUGUGCGCUAAUCUUCCACCGGAUUAUCGUUGUUUCAAAUGCAACAAGAGUUUUUAUCAAAAAAGCAAUUUACGAAGUCAUUUAGUUGUAAUACAUAGAAUAGUAACAUUUAUAUUUAUAUCUUUACUAGGAGCAAUUGUUGAUGGAAUACUUAGAGGCGAAGGUCAAUUUCAAUGUCCAAAAUGUGAGAAAUGCUAUGUCCAUCUUAGAAACUUGCAUAGACAUUUAAAGAAUGAAUGUGGCAUAGAACCAUCUUAUCAAUGUCCUUGGUGUCCAAAAAAGUGCAGAUAUAAAUUUACACUUAGAUCUCAUAUUUUUGUUUUAGUCACUUAUAACUACAAUCGUGGAAAACCUAGAAAAAAUCUUUCAUGUGGAUACAUUUGUCCUCAGUGUGGUCGAUCUUAUGUACACAAAUACUCAAUGCAGACUCAUAUGAAGUAUGAGUACAUGCUGACAGCUCGGUACCUAUGCCCAAAUAUGUGUGGUCGUAGCUACAAAUACAAACGAGGAGUACAUACUCAUGUGAAUUUCGAAUGUGGUGUCGAACCUCGAUUUAAGUGUUCUCUUUGUCCUAAGAAAUUUGCUAGGAAAUUUCAGUUAGAAAGUCAUUUAGUCUUGAAACACAAAGUAUGGUUUCACAACAAAGAUUUUAUUGUUCUAACAACUUUUGCAGUCGUCAUUACAAAAAUAAAGGAUCAUUGAUAUUUCAUAUGAAAAACGAGUGUGGCGUUGAACCUAGAUUUAAG